UAGGGAACGCCCCGCUUAUCUCUAUACCUGCCAGGUGAAAGGCGAAGAAGGGCAAAGGCGUCGGAGAAGAAACGGCAAAGGGAAGAGAGACGAGGCCGCCAGAAAGAGGAAACGAGACGCCCGAGCGCCGAGGAAGAACGUUCGAACGCUUGUGAAAACAAAAGAGGGAGGGGUUGUAAUCCGUUUGGAAUAAAGUGGUCGAAGCAGCAGCAGCAGUGCCGUGCCGUGCCGUGAGAGGGAGCGAGCGAGCGAGAGAGAGAGCAAGAAAGAACAACCACCAACGACAGUGCCACAGUGGAGACCAAGAACGCGAAUCGUAGAGUAAAGAUAGAAAGAAAGAACGAACCAAAGAUAAGAAAAGUGACAAAAGCUCCACUUUUUUUCCCGACCAACCUCCUCCACCUUUUAUUGCUUUCGCUUACUCCCUCCUCCCAUCCACGUCGAUUAUUCUAGUUGGCUCUCAUCAUCCUCCUCCUCCUCCUCCUCCUUCUUCCGAUUUCCCACUCUUUCCAUUUUGCACACCUUCGUGCCCUUGGGGGUCAGCAGACUUGCCCCUGCUCCAAGUCCCCUCCCCCUCCCCCUCCUCCACGCAGCAGCAGACGCAGGAAGAUCCUUCCACUACUACCUGCCACCUCCAUCACUGCUCCUCCCUCCUCCUCCCCCUCCUCCAUCUCUUUCUACUACCCCUCCUGAGACCAACAUCUCUCCUCCCUCCCCCUCCUCUCUCUCUCUCUCUUUCCUCUCUCUCACUCACUCACACACACACUCUCUCAGGCCACCGCCUCCCUCCCUUCAACCACCGCCAUCUUGACCCACACGCCCCAUUCCCUACUGCCUCGUUUGCUGCUGCUGCUGUUCCCUUCUGCUGCUACUGCUAGUGCCAUUGUCUCUUUCUGCUACUGCUGUUAGUUCCUGCCUCUGCUGCUAGUACCGCUGCUGCUGUCUGUGGUGGUGGAUCCGCCGUUUUCACCGCCCCAAAUUCUCCCACUCUUUCACCCUCUCCCUCAUUCUUUUUCUCAGCCCUUUCUCUCUCUCUCUCCCUCCCUUUUCACGAAACUCCUUCCUUCCUCCUCGUUCCUCCUUUCUGCCAAGUGUGGAUCGUAGUGAGCUGGAUCGUAUCAGUAUGGGAGGCCAGUAAAAGGUCAAUUCGGGUGGGCCCAAAGUGGUGUUGGCCGAGUGUGGUUCCUCUGCCGCAGAAGGGCUGACGCCUCCGGGUGUGAGUGCCGCCCGCGGCUGCCUGCGCCCCGGCACCGUGGGGCAGCAGCAUGAGAGCGCCCCUUCUUCUUCCCCUGUGACCUCAGCAGUUUGUGCACUGCCUCGACUGGCCUGGAUUUUUUAGUUUUGUAAAAUAUAAGAAUGAACGAUCUUGAUAGUUUACGACAAGAAGCAGAGAGACUAAAGAACACAAUCAGAGAUGCUCGCAAAAAUGCUCUUGACACGACACUGGUCCAGGCCACAGCCGGUAUGGACGCUAUUGGCAGAAUUCAGAUGCGAACCCGGAGAACGCUUAGGGGACACUUAGCCAAAAUAUAUGCCAUGCACUGGGGAUCGGAUUCUAGGAAUUUGGUAUCAGCCUCUCAAGAUGGCAAGCUCAUAGUGUGGGACAGUUAUACUACAAACAAGGUGCAUGCCAUCCCCCUCCGGUCCAGCUGGGUCAUGACCUGUGCCUAUGCGCCCUCCGGCAGUUAUGUUGCAUGUGGUGGCCUUGAUAAUAUCUGUUCGAUAUAUAGUCUAAAGACAAGAGAAGGCAAUGUGAGAGUGAGUAGGGAAUUACCUGGUCACACUGGUUACCUAAGUUGCUGUCGGUUCCUAGACGACAACCAAAUAGUCACAAGCUCGGGAGAUAUGACCUGUGCUCUAUGGGACAUUGAGACGGGUCAGCAGUGCACACAAUUCACAGGGCAUACAGGGGAUGUCAUGUCACUGUCCUUGUCUCCCAAUAUGAGGACCUUCACUUCAGGUGCCUGUGAUGCUUCAGCCAAGUUAUGGGAUAUCCGAGAUGGUAUGUGUCGGCAGACCUUCCCUGGCCACGAAUCUGAUAUCAACGCAGUAACUUUCUUCCCUAACGGGCAUGCAUUCGCUACUGGGUCGGAUGAUGCCACCUGCCGCUUGUUUGACAUCCGAGCAGAUCAAGAAUUGGCUAUGUAUUCCCAUGACAACAUUAUUUGUGGAAUCACCUCUGUAGCAUUCAGCAAAUCUGGCAGACUGCUGUUGGCAGGAUAUGAUGACUUUAAUUGUAAUGUGUGGGAUUCAAUGAGGACAGAGAGGGCUGGUGUUCUGGCGGGCCAUGACAACCGCGUCAGUUGCCUGGGUGUAACCGAAGAUGGCAUGGCUGUGGCCACGGGCUCAUGGGACAGUUUCCUGAAGAUCUGGAACUAAACUCGUCCUACCACCACCACUCCAGUAUCAACAUCAGUAUCUUCCCAAGGAACAAAAUUCCCUCUUAAAGAUACAGUCAAGAAGCUUGGUGUUUGCAUGCCUGCGUGUGUGUCUGUGCAGCCCACGCUUAUGGUAACACCACUCUUUGCUUCAUAGCCACCAUUGAUGUGGGUCACUCCACUAGUUUGUGUGUACUAAGGGAGGAUGAUUAUUGAUGGAUCUUUCUUUUUCAUUUUUUGAUAUGAAACAAAAAAAAUUUAGGUGAGUGAGUGUAAAUGAAUUUGGUGCAAGAUUAAUAUGUAUUUGGGAAAAUGUGUGUGUAUGUUGAUAAAUGAAGAGGCCCAUGGGAUAGUGGACACAAAUGUAACUGGACUUUUUAUUAAGACAAAUGAUCAACUGGAUAUUGGGGCAAUCGAUCAGUGCAGUGUGUGUCCUCCAGCCCAGGGACCCUAACAACCGUGACCCAACGAUGGUGGCGACAGCACACACGCAGAAGCCCAGGUGGUGCUGGCUCUUAUUACAGCCAGCAUGGGGAUGGUGAAGAUGAUGAUGAUCACAAGCAUCACACACACCAGUUGGUGGUGGAGAUGCUGCUGCUGCUGUUCCUUUUAUUGGGGGCUCAGCUCUCCCACCAUUCUCUUCCUUAAUGUCUAGUCAGCCUGAUGGAGUUGCUGCAUGACUUUGAUGCUGAGCGUUUCCGUGUAAGUGGCGGUGGCUGAUUAUGUGAUCUUUGGCCCCAUAAGUUGAGCAGGUAGGUGUCAACAUUUUUCGAGUUGAUGCCUCAUGGUGAUGGUAGGUGUCCAGGACGCCACGCCUGGCACUCGCCUGCCUCGCCCCUGCUCUCUCUCUGUGUGCCGCUGCUGCUUGUGACACGGACGACAGAAGACUGCACCUGUAUCGGCCGUGCCUGAGGGUCAGGUCAGGGCUGAGGGGUAAGCCCAGGUGAACGCAAUGGUAAUGUGUUCAUAAUGCCUUAAGGCAACCUCUACACUCCCUCGUGUUAGUGUGGAGAAAAGUGAGGUGCUUGAGUAAGACAAAAUUUUGUCCUGUUCCCUACUCCACUGCUGCUUAUUGCGCGCAUGUUCUGCUCUUGUCAGGCCAAGCACCCAUUGAUGGAGUCAUCGUAUAGGGGAAUACUAUUAUCCUAUUGGGACCACGUGGUGAUAAGUAAAAUUGGAAUCGUUCAGAGAGCAUGAAAAUUUGAUACAGUUACCCUUCCGCAUAUGAUCGUGCACUUAGAUUUUGGAUUUAAGUGCCAUUUUCAUGGUGACCUCAACUGCCAAUGUAGUUUUAAUUUGGGCAAUUCUUAGUUAGGUAAUGAACAUUUGUACUCCUUUUAAGCUAAUCCAGAUCAGGAAAAAUCAUUGCUUUAUUCAGUCUCAAAUACGGUAAUCUGUGAAAUAAUCCACAAUAGCUUCUUGCAUUAGUGUAGCCCCAGAGCUAAAAAGUUCUCUUUGAUAAACAAAAACUUGCAUUUGAACUCCUUAAGCCGGAGCACAUACAUAACUAACUAUCAGUGUUGGUAUCUGUUCUGUUGGGUCGUUAUUAUAAUAUUCCUGCAUUUAAUUAAUUUUUCUUUGUAAAACUUAAAAAAACAUCUGUGAUGCCAAAUGUGCUGAAUGGCAGACAAAAGUUUUAGAUGGAAUGGAUGUUAUGACUAUUUGGAGAAAAUUAUGAAUGAUUGACAGAUUGCUCAGAAUACAUUAUAUGUAGAAUGUGAUGCAGGUUCAUAGAAGAAAGUAAAAAGCAUACAAACUAACUUCCCCUCAAAAGCUCUGCAAAAAACAAAAGAAAAGAAUAACAACAAAAUUUAGGUAACAAUGUAGUGCUAUUUUUAACUUAUUGGAUAAAACGUCUUGAGUUAUUUAUGGUUCUUGAUAAAAUUUUAAAACGAUGAUUAGAGGGGAAGUACUACUUAGUAAUGUCCACCUACACAAAGAGCGUAACAUAUUUUAAAACUUACGCACAAAUAAUGAGAUAAAAAAUAACGCACUGAAAGGGUGAUUUUUCAUAAUUAAAUCGGUGAUAUUGGUGGACACAAGUAAUCCUAGCUCAAUUCUGCUGCUCUUAUAAUUUUGUCCUAAACCUUGACAAACCUAUACUUUGUAUGUCAGAGAGCCUCUAUACCCUCCCCUGCUGCAGCUUUCUCUGUAAUUCCCACACGAAAAAGAUCUUUUUCAUUUGAUCCUGAACCCAAUUUCCUUCUGUGGCUGCCCCAGUUUCCCGUGAAAUGUCACAAGAAAGUUGAAGCUUUUUUGUGCCUAUGUUAUUAUUAUAUAAUUUUGCUGAAAAUCAAUUUGAACACAAGCAGCAUUCAGGUUACCUGUAAUAAUAAAAGAUUUAUUUAUCCUUCACAUUUAUGUUGAUUAAUUGUGUAUGAUUAUUUUGCCAGGCGGUAAGUGUCUGGCCUCAGCCUUCUCGAUGAUACCGAACUUGACCAAACAAACAGGUGUGUUUAACCUGGAUCUGUCUCUGCUCUCGCCAUACCACCCGGAAGCUCAUAGAACAGCCAAACAAUUUCUUAGUGACCAUCUUUAAGAAAUGCAAGGGCUCAGGGCUGUUCUAUGGCCCUCUGGCUGUAGGGGGGAGCCUGUCUGGGAUGGGUUUGUAUGGUUGUCCGGCAGCUGGGUACUAGUUUGUGUUCCCCGUGCACUCCCAGGGUACAUUUUGCUUAAGUUGCUGCUUCCCAUACCCCUUUGUUGUGUGUGUGCAAGGAGUGGCCAGUAACCCUAGCCACCCCUCCCAUAACUCCCUGCCCAGUGUCCUGGGAACUCGGUUUAGAACUCUUGCUGGCACCCAGCCCCGCGGUAUCAUCUUGAUGGAUUUUUAAAAGAGAGGCCACACACUCACUUGGAUGUCCAAGUUUUUAAUAAAAAAUAAUGGUAGUAGUUUUUCUCAGCCAAAAAAAUGUAAAGAUUACGAUGGUAUAAAAAGUAGUCAGAUUUUAACCCUAUUCCGGGAGUGUGAAGUGUCAAUUGUAGCAUAUAAUUCCGUAACUUGUAAAGGUACUAAGCCAAAUGGAACCCUCUCUCCAAGGAAGCGCCCUAGCCAGGAGAUGUCAGAUGGUGGGCGCAUUGGUGCCAGGUAGGGCAAGGUAGGCUAGUAGCAGCAGCAGUGGCAGGGGCCGGUAGCAGCUCACUACCACGACCAGCAGCUCCCAGCCCCGAGCCAGUCCCUGCCAUGUACCUUCCUACCACCAAUAACAUCACAGACAAGUGUGAAGCAAAGUCACUCCUGCUACAAAAUUGUUAUAUAUUUCAAACAAAACAAAAUAAAAAAUGUAAUUCAGCCAGGUAUGAUUUAUUUUGAAAAGUGGUUUCUAAUACCCAAUGAGUUGUAGAACAGUCCACCGCGGAGGCGUUACUUUUACACGAGGCGGGCCCCAGGGCAGCUUACCGGUAAUCAGCUUGUAGGUGAUGUAAGGGUGUAGUUUUAAAGACCAAUACCCUACAGCAUCUACCAGGCCACGUAACAGAUGCAGACUAUCAAUGCAUUCCCAUUGCUGUCCCUGGGACCCGCACACUGUUAUAUGAGGGAUUUUUCAAUUGAUUCCGACUCCGGUUGUAGCUUAUGAAGUCUCGUUUGUGAAUUUGUCAUGUAAGUAACUAUCUGACUUGUCCAAUAAAGCUAUUUGUCUUUA